CACACACAUACAUAUACAUCUCUCCUUCAUUUUCAUCUGCAUAGUCACCAUGGACUCUGUGAAGAAGCCUCAUGCUCUCUGUAUUCCACUUCCUGCCCAAGGCCACAUUAACCCAAUGCUAAAACUAGCAAAACUCCUCCACUCCAGUGGCUUCCACAUCACCUUCGUGCUCACAGACUUCAACUACAAUCUGUUUGUGAAGUCCAGAGGUCCAAAUUAUCUGGAGGGCCUGAGCGAUUUUCGGUUUGAGACCAUACCGGAUGGUUUGCCAUCGACUAACCAACGAGGCAUACUCGACCUCCCGGCCCUGUGCGCGUCAAUGACAAUCCACUGCUCACGGCCAUUCAGAAACCUCAUAGAAAAGCUCAAUGCUUCGCCAAAUGUGCCUCCUGUCACUUGCGUAGUCUCAGACGGUGUCAUGAACUUCACCUUAAAGGUAGCAGAAGAGCUCGGCAUCCCGGAGGUGCUCUUUUUCACUCCUAGUGCUUGUGGUAUGUUGGGCUAUUAUCAAUUUCAGGAGCUGAUUGAAAGAGGCUAUUUCCCACUAAAAGAUGAGAGCUGCUUGAGCAACGGAUUUCUUCAUACUGCGAUUGACUGGGUACCGGCAAUGAAAGGGGUUCGAUUAAAAGACCUUCCCACGUUCAUUAGAACGACUAAUCGCGAAGAUACAAUGUUCAACUACAACUUAGAAUCAGUCAAUAAUGCUUUGAAAGCUAAGAGUGUAAUUCUCAACACAUUCGACGAUUUGGAGCAAGAAGUAUUAGACGCCAUGAGAAGCAAGUUUUCAGAACUCUACACGAUAGGCCCUCUAUCAAUGCUUCAUCAACGACUUUGUGAAGCAAAGCAAGAGUGUAUCGAACUGAAUCUGUGGAAAGAAGACGUUGAAUGCUUAGAUUGGUUAGACAAAAGAGAGGCCAAAUCAGUUGUGUAUGUGAACUAUGGAAGCCUAAUUAUAAUGACCCCUGAACAGCUGAAUGAGUUUGCUUGGGGACUUGCUAAUAGCAAGUGCUCAUUCUUGUGGGUCAUUAGGCCUAACCUUGUGAAGGGUGCUACAGAGGUCGUAUCGGACGACUUUAUGGAGGAGAUUGAAGGCAGAGGAUUGGUGCUGGAUUGGUGUCCACAAGAGAAAGUUCUUAGCCAUCCUUCUGUUGGAUGCUUUUUGACGCAUUGUGGGUGGAAUUCUACGUUGGAAAGCAUUUGUGAAGGCGUGCCUAUGAUCUGUUGGCCAUUUUUCGCAGAGCAACAAACAAAUUGCUUCUAUUUGUGCAAUAAGUGGCGGAUUGGCAUGGAGAUUGACACCGAUGUUAAGAGAGAGAAAGUAGAGGGGCUUGUUAGGGAUUUGAUGGAAGGAGAGAAGGGAAAGGAGAUGAGGGUACAAGGCAUGGAAUGGAAGACAAAAGCGGAGAAAGCUACAAGGCCUGGUGGGUCGUCUUACAUCAACUUUGAUACGCUAGUCAACCACCUCAAAAGGUGAGAAUUCGAAUUGGAAUCCUCGGCAAUGUGGCAAUGUGUUGAUGCGACUCACACGUGGAAGUGCUGGAAUCCGUCCGAUGUAGUAUAACACCACCGUAGAGCAAUCCGUCCGAUGUAGUAUAGCACCACCGUAGAGCAUCAUAGCUCAACACUGAGACAUGUCAUAGGUGCUUGUGUACAUACAAGUUUUUAAGUAGAAACUUUGCAAGGGCAAAAGGAACCCACUCAUUUUUACUGUUUUCUAAUGUUUAUUAUGUGCAUCCAUCCUUGUGGGCAAACAAAAGUGGGACAAGUAAAAUGGGUUUGUGGGAGUACUAGGUUUUUAGUAGCAACUUGUCUGAAUAAGAAGAACCACUCUCUCUAAUGUUUUCUCAUGUUUGGUAUGUCUACCCAUCCGACAAUAGACACCAUCUUUGUCGGUAAAUAUGUUUUCC